GGGGAUGCCACCAUUCGCGGUCGGUCGUUCGUUCUCAGCAACACUACACGGUUCCGAACCGUACAAUCCAGGGUCCUUGCCGUACACCGACACGAAGGGCCAAGCCGUCCCGGAGUUGAAAUUCAAACUUCAGUUUGGAUUAAGACAUUCAGCUGUGCGGUAGCAUUUGGAACACCUUCUUGCGGAUAACUAGUGCUCACACUACAACUGGUGAUUGGUUUGUGAAAGUUUUCUGCAUCCAGCACCCCGUCACCGUUGCAGCCCCGUCUCGGGUCAUACCACUUGCCCCCCUCCUUCGCUGGAGAGCAGUGGGGUUUGAAGUAGUGAAAAGUGCUUUGGGCAGAGGAAAAAGUUUGUUCUCAUUGAGGCGGAAAAAAAUCAAGAGGUCAUCGAGCGCGGAAGUUUUGGCAGAAAAGUCGUAAAAAUAAUUUCACGAAAGUAACGAAAAUAUGAAUACUUUAACCUUCGAGUGAGAGCGAGAGAUAAAUUAUCGAUCGGCGGAGGUUUUUCCUGCGUGCAACCUCCUGGCAUCCAGGUGAAAAAGAAGCAAUUUUUCAUCGACGACGACGACGACGACGACGACGGUUCGUUCUGGGAAGUGAGAGGUAGCACAAAGUGCGUUGGAUCUGCGUUGAAGCGUGAAUUACGCGAAGCUGCAAAUUGGUCAGUGAUAACGUUCGGAAAUAUUCAAUUAUUGUACUCGUUAACCUGAGUGAUUCCGUGCUGGAAGGUUGAAUUCCGUUUCCGUUGAACGAGGAAAAAGGAGAUUUUGUGGUGAUUGUGCUGCAAGUGAUAUUCUUGGAAGUUCUGCUCGGAAGGAAGAGCAAAUUUGAGUAAGAAACCAUAGACCAUCAGUUCGGGGAAGCAUCUCGAUUGCAAUAAUCAUCGCAGCGAAACUUGGAAAGUUCAGCACGACAUAAUAUCAAAUGAACGUCAAAGCAUCAGAAAUACAACACUGCAGUGAAAAAUUUGGCUAAGCGUGUUUCCCACAAGCUGAAAAUCGAAUUGACUGAUUUGUGUGAAGUUUAAUAUUUUAUUAAAUCAAACAGUUCCUUUCCGUUUGCGGAUACUGAAUUGAAUAACGAGACAAAAACGACGAAACCAACGAGAAAGCAAAAGCCAAAAAGGACAGAAUAACGCAGAUUUUUAAUUAACCACGUACGACGAAGUGUAUACCACUGGAUUCAUAAGUUUCCAGUGCUCGGGCGAUUGGCCAAGAAAAAAAAAAUACGUAUUUUAUAUCCGAACGCAGGGUGGAAAACCUGGGCAAACAAAAAUUACGCCAUUAAUUUGAGAGCCUCAGCGAAAUUGAGCAGAAGGUCGAUGCUCAAACCGAAACCAACUGCCCCGUCAGCAGUCAGUCAUUCAGUCAGCCAGCCAACCAGCAGGCAGUCAGUGGUCGAAGGAAAAGUUUUUGUCACGACCAACGACACCAGCAAAUCGAAUUUACGGCGUGCACUUUUGAUGGGCGACCAAUGAAUUUCGGUCCCGACCGAUAAUUAUAUCAAAACAGAUUGUUUGCCUUUGAAGUGGGUGCUGUGUCGGUUCGGAAAAUUGCUGUUCGACGAGGAGGGAAAACUGCUGUCGUAAAGUGUACCGAGAAAGUCAUUAACAAAUAUUUUAUGUGCGUGGCAUUGUGAGUGAACGGAGCGCAGAGAAGUGCAAAGUGUGGUGCAAAUAGGUGCAAACAGCUCCUAACAGACGUAGGAAGUUCGUUCGAAAGUGAUUAGAAGGUCGAGAUCGUGACGGAUUUUUCGCCGCAGUAAGUGACGUGAUACGGUUCGGAAUAGCCGUCUUCGAACGCCGCCGGGACACCCACAUCUCCAUCGUUUCUGUCCGUGGGGAACCCAGGCGCUGUCGUCCUUUUUCUGAACUUCUUCCAUCCGUUGCAAGAAAGCUUCUCCCCUGGCGAACGGAUCCCCCCGAAGGCCUUUCAACAUUCCGCUUUUCCAAUUAAAUGUUAUGCCGGCCGCGACCAUGUUUUCCAAGUUCAAGAGCAGCAGCACCAGUGCCCCUCCGCCCAACCCCUACGACACCAACCCGAUUACCCAGUACUUUGAAAUUGGGAAACAGAUCGCCUGCGCCGGCCCGGAACUAGUGUGGAAGAUCCACGAGGGAUACCGAAAGACCGAUAUGAAGGAAUGUUCAAUUUUCGUGUUCGAGAAACGCACAGCCGAAAAGCUGCACAAACCCAAGCGGAAAGACUUGGUCACGGAAAUCCUGCGAGCCUCAGUCAAACAGCUUGAGCGGUUUCGGCAUCCCAAAAUCCUGCAAAUAAUGCACACAGUCGAGGAAAGUUCGGAAACCCUUUCUUUCGCCACCGAGCCCGUCAUCGCCUGUUUAGCAAAUGUCUUAGCAUAUCAGGAAUGUGCAGGGACUGCCCCCGGUCCACCAAGUACAGGUGCCUCACAACAAAUGCAGAACCCCUCCCCCGCCAACAGACCUCCCCAUGCCAAGGAGUAUAGUUUCUUGGAUAUCGAACUGAAAUACGGCAUCUUACAGAUUACCGAAGCGUUAUCGUUCCUGCACUACUCGGGCCAGGUGAUACACCGAAACGUUUGCCCCUCGUCGAUACUGAUCACAAAAAAGGGUACCUGGAAGCUGGCGGGUUUCGAAUUCACCGAGCGGGUGAACGAAACCGAUGCCACCGAUCCGGUUCCGUGCCAAUCGUGGUCCACCCGCACGUCCAAAAUGGUGCAACCCAAUCUGGAUUACAUGGCACCAGAGAACCAAAUCAACUCCAACUGCAGCAUACUGAGCGAUAUGUUCUCGCUCGGAAUGGUGAUAUGUGCCAUAUUCAACCACGGGAGACCGCUAAUACAGUCGGGGAAUUCGCCACCUGCGUAUAUCAAACAGAUGGAAACGCUAGACGAAGCAGUGCACAACAUUCUGCCACGGAUACCAAUCCCCCUGCAAGAAGCCACUACUCGACUGUUGAAAAAAUCCCCUGGUGCUCGGCCUACAGCUCAACUUCUAACACUUAUCAAGUAUUUCAGUGACCCAGCCGUACAAGCUCUGCAGUUUCUGGACGUCAUCAACAUGAAGGAUCCCACGCAGAAAACCCACUUCUAUCGGAGCACGCUGCGGGAGGUGCUUCCGUUCGUGCCACGGAAACUGUGGUGGCAACACAUCUGGCCUAAUCUACAGCAGGAAAUGCGUGCUGAUGAAGUGCUGGCUGCGGUCCUACAGCCCGCUCUAACCCUGGUUCAGGAAUCUUCAAACAGUGAAUACGAAGCAAUCAUUCUACCAACCUUUAAGACUGUUUUUGUAGCCCCUAAAUCUAUACAGGCAACCGUAGCGUUACUAGAGAAUCUACACAUAAUCCUAGAGAAAACACCACGGGACGACAUCAGGACGGAAGUGCUUCCGCUGCUGUUCAAUGCGCUCGAAAGUACAACGAUACAGGUGCAGAGUGCUGCCCUAGUAGCCGUGACGAACGUGUACGACUACCUGGACGACAUCACGAUCAAGAAAAUGGUGCUACCCAAACUGAAGUCGGUAUUCGAGAAGAACCAAAGUGAUCUCAAGAUAAUGGGCAACGUGCUUCAGUGUGUGGAACGAACGCUGGACAAACUGGACAAGUCCCAGAUUAUAGACGAAGUACUGCCUUUACUACUCGAAGUUAGAUUAACGGAUCCGGAUAUUAUUGUACGAGUUGUCAAUAUCUACCGGAUUAUGUUGUGUGAUAAAAAGUACGGACUCACCGUGAACACCAUGGCCACCAAGGUGAUGCCAACCCUCCUGCCACAGACUGUAAAUCCCUCGCUGAAUCUCGAACAAUUUAUGAUCCUCCUGGAGGUCCUCCAGGAAAUGCUGGACCAAAUCGACCGACAGCAGCGAAACAAGCUGAAACUGGACAAUCUCUCUCUCCCAUCGCCCGACCGGCAUCGACCGCUCCGGCAUCAGUUCUCCUCGGAUAACAUGAACGUGCAGCAGUUCAACAUUCCCAACCUACGGAUCGACCAGCGGAAGACUUCCAGUGCCGAAGACAUGGCCCGGAAGAACUCGACAGGUUCGGGUGCUCUAGGUAGCUGGUGGUUCGGUGGAUCGCCCUCGUCGCCGGACAGCAACUUCCUGCGGGUGGUUAACGCGUUCCCCAAUCGGCGUCUGUCGGACAAUACGCUUAUGACGCCCAAGAUACGGAUCGCCCCUUCGUGUGCCUCAUCGCCGGGUGGCACUCCUGGUGGUGGUUUACCAAUAAGACGACACUCAAGUAUUGGACCCCAGGAAAGACGAAGCUCGCACACCAACCUGUCACCACCCACGCAACAGGGCUUCAGCGCUCGCGGCAGUUCCGGUUCGAGCCUCUCAGUGCCUGCAACUUCCGCUUCUUACGUAGGCGGCUCGAUGCCAAAUACGUCAAGCAGCGUGCCGUUUUUGCUCUCGUCCAGCAUGCAAUCGAUCCGUAGCCGCCGAACCUCGACGGUGCUCACUUCCGGCCCGCUCGGGUCCGGAUCGGGUCUGCUACAGCAGCUCGGUUCCGGCAUGGAAAAAGUGUGCGAAUCCCUGCAACAGUCCACGUCGACGAAAAGCAGUAAGAAGAAGUCGUCCAAGCUUGAAACUAAACUGGCCAACAUCAAACCACUGGAUCUGCUAACCUACUCGCCAACCUCACGACGCAACAGUACGGCCGCAGGCUUCCAGCGAAGCUUUCAGAAAAGCCAGAAAAAGGCACUGAAAAACCUUCGAAAAAGCUUCAAGCUUUGAAUGCAAUACCAAGGCCCCGACAACUGCCAACACCAGGCGACUAUCGAUGAGAAGACUGAUGAGCCUGCCAAACCGACCGUGCGAACCGGUUGGACCAACUGGGCCUGGUCUGUGAUUGCGUUUCAAGUGAUAACAAAUCUAAGAAAUUACCUAAGGACCAUCAUCUGCAUCAAUGGAAACCAAAACAACAAUUUCCGCAACCGACAACACCAGAGCGAAAGCCUCCAGUAUUCUGUUUGUAGUGCUGUAUUCGUGUAACUUUGUACUUUCCUAACGCCUAACGCCAAACAAAAACCGUCUCACACCUUCGCACAUCGCCGUUUUUCUAUUUGUGGAUAUGGAUGUCCGAACCAAUUUCGUACUUGACCAAAUCAGAUAGAAUUACUAGUUAACAAACAUUUUGUACCAUGCAAGCGACCACACAUUUGUAAUGCUAAACUAUUACAGUAAUAUCAAAAACAUCAACCAAAUUCUGAACACCAAAAACUUCAAAUCAGUACUGGAAAAAGUUACCAAAAACCGACCGCGCUCCUCUUCUCUAUUUAGCGUGUACAAUGAUCGUUAGUACGGUAGUUUUGCGAAUGCCCCGGCAGCCGGUUCUAGAUCAAGAAAUUCUAUUUUCUAAACCAGAAGCCACUUGCCAAAACAUUCGCUGUCCCAAGUAGUUUGAUACCGAAGUAAAACCAAAUAAAAAAGCCAAUGACAAAAUCCAAAAACCGAGAACCAAGCCUAGCAUGAAGACGAUGCCAAGCAAUGUCUCUGAAACCAGUUGUGAGUGUGUCUGUGUAAAGAGUCGUCCAGAUAGUAACGAGUCCCGUUCCGUUGUCAGAAAUAGACCCAAACCGGAGGUAAGACCCGAAGGCCACACCCGUUGGCUUCCGUAGCGUUUGCAGUAAUGAUAACCACUCAGUAAUAAUACCAGUAGAAGUAUUCCAUACAGUAGCCCCGUUUGGCAGUCGUUUCCGUAGUUCUUGGUCCAUUAUUCAUACCAUAACAUAACCACCACCGUACCGUACCGAUCGAUGGCCUUUUCUUUGUACUGUCCUGUCUAUGAUUCCGCCCCAAAGCAGGAUUCCUUAUGUAGCUUUGUCGGAUUCUUUCCGCCCGUAGAUACCUGUUUCAAGAGCGGAAUUUUUGCCAUAGAUAUACCGUAGGUCAAUUGGUUUUUUCGAGCGAAAGUAGUUGUAAUUGGCCAGUGUUUGUUUGUAUUGAAGUUUCAAUAAAAUUUAGGAUGUGUACUUAACGAUAGCAAAAUUCGCAGAAUUCAAAUUAAAUUUAUAGAUAGUCAAUCGAUUUAUUGUAGCCGUACAGUAUUCCGUUGUUGUCGGUUUUUCGUAGAGUAUGUCAGGUUCUACACAUAAAAAUCAAUUAUUUCAACCAUUUUAUAAAUAUGUAGUAUAUUUUACUCAACGCAUGUGUUUCACUAUUAAGCUACAUUUUUAUUAAUUUAAGUGUAAAUAAUUUGUAUUAUAGAGCUAUUAUUAUUGCAUGCAUUUUACAAUAUAGCUAUGUUUCAAAUGUUUUUCGAAAAAGAUCUUAAUGUUGGCAGUUUCAAUAAAGUGUAUUGCUAAUCAUAAAAAAUAAUACUUAAUUAAAAAGAAUAUCCCUACCACAAUCAUCUUCAUCAUUCAUCAUAAAUGAUCUCACAUAAUACAGACUCUCAAUACAAACUCUUCACAAACAAUGGAAGCAUAUUGGGAUGGAUUUGAGCGACAUUUGUUGAACAUAUAUGAGAGAAAAUAAUCGACAUGAUAGAUGAACAGGUAAAUAAUCGAAAUAUAUUAAGAGGAUUCACUAACAAAUUAAAUAACUGUGUAAGCCAUGAUUGCCUUAAUCAGGAUAAUAUUUAAUCAGUGGUUUACGCUGUAUAGUGAAUUCCCUAAUCAGAUUGAUGUGAUAAAACAACAAUGAAUAAGUGGUUAUUUAUAAUCAACGAUAGAACUUUGUCCAGGUAAUGAUAAUGAGUUGCCAACUGUUGGUAUUGAAGUGUAAGUGUUGGAAUCGCCGAAGUGAAGAUUAUAAAAAAAUAAUAACUACAAAUCAAGCUUGUGUAUAUCUUUCACUUAUAAAAAAAAUCAGCAGUAUUCGAACCGAAAGUUUCUCAAAAUGCAAAUAUAUUAUUUGUCCAAAUACAUUGGUGUUGUUAAAAACAUGUGCUUCUGUAACUCUUGUUUUAUAUUUAAAAGUUUCUACCAAAAUUGACAAAAAAUAAGAAAUAAAAUACUUAUUCCUUUA